UGCUGCUGUUGCUAGUGCACAGUCCAUGAGGCUUCACCACCAGCAAAGCACUACAAGAAUUUGAAGAGCUGGUUGAUAAGAUACAGUCAUGCGCACAUUGCAAUGGUGUCUUGAUGGCUGGAAAUUGCUCUCCAGCUUUUGGAAUGAGACAGCCAUCAGAGAGUCGAGGCAUCAGAGAAACAGUUAAGAGCACUUUGCAGAUAGAAUGAGGUGCUGGAGCUGUGAGUUGACUGGAUAUGUAUUUGAUGUCUACUGAAACAGUCUAUUUCCUUCCACUAGACUCUGUUUGAAUAUUUGUAUAUAAAGCCAGUAUCUCAAGGACAACGUAAGUCUUUAGUGUGCUCUCAUCCAUAUCUGGAAUACUGCAGCCACAAGCAGUGUCCAGGCAGCCCAUGUCAGCAGUGUCAUUUGCUGAUUUUCCUCAGAAAUAGCUUAAAAGCGUCCAACUUCUUUGUGAACAACUUUGGGCAAAAGAGCUCAACAACCAUAUAUUAGCUCUUCUCACUGCUAAGAAAUCAGAAAUUUAUCUACCACCAGUUCUCUGGGAAAUGAUAAUCUGUUAUGUCAUCAGUAUUAUUUGCCUUCCUUCAAUGAGCCUUUAGAAAAUUAUAUAUUAAUCUUUCCUUUCCAGAUAUGCACUGGCUAAAGGUUAUUACAUCUUGCUUCGGCAGAUUAGGAGUCACGAUGGCAUUUGAAAUGGUUUGUUUUGUCAAUACUGAAUUGUACCCCACAUUUCUCAGGUAGGUCUUUUGAUGACCAAAGGAAAGGUGCCUUCUGAAAUUGAUUUAUAUAGAUUAAUGCACAUUUACAUUAUCACAGAUUUACAGGUAUAAGACUCUCCUGUGCACUCUCACUGAAAAGAAACUGAAAUCUGUACUGCUAUUUCUUGAGGGGUUUUUACAUGUUACAUUCAACAAGUGUAUAAUCUGUGUACCAGUCUGCACAAUAGUUGAGCUAUACAAAUCAACACAAAUAUACUCUUUUACUUUCAUGUGUGUAGAAAGACAGCUUAUACCAGUGUUCACAUAAUGUGUGAACAUAUUUCUGGAUUUUUUGCUUCAAGGGGAAUUUGGGAACACCCAACACCCCAGCAUGGUGGUCUUAAUAAAUAAGACCUCUUAGAAUUAAAGGUUUGGCGAUGAGCUGGAUUUUUCUUGUAACCAAGCAGUAACUAUGGAAAUAUUUACCUUCCUAUCUGCUCCAAAAAAUGGUUGGAAUGUAGGCAUCUCUUUCUCCUCUGUAAGGAAAACCACAGUUGAUAAGGAUAAAGUUUUAUGUUGGCUUUGAGGUCUGAAUUCCUACACACACAAACUUAUAAUAUAAUGUGUGUUUUUUCUUUUGUAUCAGAAACCUCGGUGUGAUGGUCUGUUCAUCCAUGUGUGACUUCGGUGGAAUAAUUUCCCCGUUUAUUGUCUAUAGACUAUCAGAAAUCUGGUCCGAGCUACCUCUUGUAGUUUUUAGUAAGUAAUCCUCUAUUUUGAGUUGCUUGAGUAUGUUGUUCUUUUAAUGAAAAAUCAAAAUAUCUCUAUUCUACUUUUCUACUUUAAAAUCUUCCUAGGGAGACUUUCCACAAAUAGGGGGCCACCUCUGCAAAGACCCAGCCACCUAACCUUUUGAAGACAAUGCAAAGGAGAGGAUGUCUGAAGCAAAUCUUAAAAAAUUGUGAAAGAAAUAUGCUAGUUAUAAGUUCUUUAGCCUGUAAAGGUCAAAACGAACACAUUGAAUUGUGCCUAGAAACAGACUGAUUAGUAACAAACUUCUGUUAACAUGGAUGAAAUAUGUUCAGACAGGCACAUUUCAAUAACAAAUCUAGCUGUCAUGUUUAGAACCAGCUGAAAUUUCUGAGUAGCUUUUACAGCUCCCAUAUUAAAAACAUUGCAGUACUGUACAUUGAUAUUGCAAUAGCAUUUAUGACUAGAGCAUGGGUAGGCAAACUAAGACCUGGAGACCGGAUCCGGCCCAAUCGCCUUCUAAAUCUGGCCCACAGACAGUGUGUUUUUAAAUGAGUAGAAUGUGCCCUUUUAUUUAAAAUGCACCUCUGGAUUAUUUGUAGGGCAUGCCUGGUGUUUUUACAUGUAGAAUGUGUGCUUUUAUUUAAAAUGCAUCUCUAGGUUAUUUGUGGGGCAUAGGAAUUCGUUCUUAUUUAUUUUUCAAAAUAUAGUCCGGCCCCCCCACAAGGUCUGAGGGACAGUGGACUGGCCCCCUGCUGAAAAAGUUUGCUGACCCCUGGACUAGAGCAAGGCGGUCUCAGAACACCAGGGACCACAACUGACAAAUUAGCCUAAGUUGGUGGGAAAACUCUGGCCCAGUGGACAUUAGCAGAGCAUCCAGUUUAAAGGCCAUAAAGAAACUGCACUCCUAAGCUGCAAACCUAUUCUUUAAGGAGGACCACACCUCCAGUUAAAGUACAGUAUGCUGAAUACCAACUACCAAGGAUAUUGAGUCACCAAACAAGUCUCUCUCUCUUACCUGUAUUGCACUCCAGUUUGCUUUUUUCUCAUCCUGUCUAUUAUUAAGUUUUGUUCAGCACUUCCUUGUCCUGUUUGUGAGUUCUUGAUUUCCCCAAUCUUCCUAAGCUUGGAAGUGAGUUGUGCUAAAUUUAAGGGGGUGGUCUGCAUAUUGAACUACCUUCGUGAUUUACAGUGAGCUGGUUUUUUAAAAUGUGCAUUGCUGUAUGUUGGGUCUUAACUGCCUCUUAUGUGUUUCAUUGCCAGCUGCAGUUGGUUUGAUUGCUGCCGGAUCAGUGCUAUUUCUGCCUGAGACCAAAGGGAGAACUUUGCCUGAGACCAUCGAGGAUGUAGAAAACUUUCAUCGGCACCGUGCUAAGCAGCUCAAUUAAUGACAAGCAAAUGGAAAGUAUUAUUUGAAAAUCAGUGUUCUUUCAGCUAUAGUUUGUAAAAGGCUCUGAGAAUUAACCAGCUUGUCUAGGAAAUAAAGCCGUGAGGACUUUAACUGACUGUAAUGUAAAGGUCAUUAUACUAAAAAAAUAAAUAU